CUGCAUAUUAAGUUCAUGUUCUUUGGGUGUCGGCACUCUAUAUCAUUUACAAAAAGUGCAAUAAUACACCAAAUACAUUUUAAAAAUGGACGUUGAUGUUGCAGAUGUUAAGAGACAUAGCAGUUUUACGAGUCCAAGCACACGCAAAAUAUCUAUAUCAAAACGUGCUGGGAGAGAACGUAGUUACAGCUACCAUGCUCAAGUGUCCAAAGCAACAGAAAGUCGUAUAGACCGCCCUAAGAUGUCGUUUAGAGUGGUGCGUAGCUCGAAAUUCCGUCAUGUGUACGGUCAGGCCCUCAAGAGGGAGCAGUGCUACGACAAUAUCAGGGUCUCCAAGAGCUCCUGGGACUCCACCUUCUGUGCCGUGAACCCCAAGUUCCUGGCCAUCAUCGUGGAGUCCGCCGGGGGUGGUGCCUUCAUAGUGCUACCUCACAAUAAGGUGGGCCGCAUCCCGGCGGACCACCCGCUAGUGGGGGGCCACAAGGGGCCGGUGCUGGACAUCGCCUGGUGCCCCCACAACGACAACGUCAUCGCCAGCGGCUCCGAGGACUGCGUCGUCAAGGUGUGGCAGAUCCCGGAUGGCGGGCUGUCGCGCACGCUGACGGAGCCGGUGGUGGACCUGGUGUAUCACCAGCGCCGCGUGGGGCUCGUGCUGUGGCACCCCACCGCGCAGAACGUGCUGCUCACCGCCGGCUCCGACAACCAGAUCGCGAUAUGGAACGUGGGCACGGGCGAGGUGCUGCUGACGCUGGACUGCCACCCCGACCUCAUCUACUCCGCCUGCUGGAACUGGACCGGCUCCAAGCUGCUCACUACCUGCCGCGACAAGAAGAUCAGAAUCAUCGACCCGCGCAAGGGCGAGGUGGAGUCGGAGGCGAUCGCGCACGAGGGCAGCAAGGCGUCGCGCGCCAUCUUCCUCAAGCACGGCCUCGUCUUCACCACCGGGUUCAGCCGCAUGUCGGAGCGGCAGUACUCGCUGCGCACGCCGGACGCGCUGGGCGAGCCGAUAGUGACGGUGGAGAUCGACACGUCGAACGGCGUCAUGUUCCCGCUGUACGACCCCGACACCAACCUCGUGUACCUGUGCGGCAAGGGCGACUCCGUCAUACGGUACUUUGAGGUGACGCCCGAGCCGCCGUUUGUGCACUACAUCAACACCUUCCAGACGCCCGACCCGCAGAGAGGUAUCGGCAUGAUGCCGAAGCGCGGGUGCGACGUGGCGACGUGCGAGAUCGCCAAGUUCUACCGGCUGAACAACAGCGGGCUGUGCCAGGUGGUAUCCAUGACGGUGCCGCGCAAGUCCGAGCUGUUCCAGGAGGACCUCUACCCCGACACGCUCAGCGACGAGGCCGCGCUCACCGCCGACGAGUGGCUGGCCGGCGAGGACGCCGAGCCCAACACCAUGUCGCUCAAGGAGCGCGCGCUCGUCGUACAGGGAGGCUACGUGGCGUCCGCGCGCGCGCCGCUCGCCGUGUCCAAGCCCGCGCGCAACGCCCUCGCCCGCGACAAGCCCCGCCCCGACCGCUCGCCCACGCCCGCCGACCCAGCCCCCACCGUCGCCGGCGCGCCCGCCGCCGCCCCCGCGCCCGCAGCCAUCCCGCCCGGCAUCGAGAAGCAGCUCAGUGACCUCGUCGACGAGAUCCGCAAGCUCAAGUCCGUCAUCGUCAAGCAGGAGAACCGCAUCCGCGCGCUCGAGGCGGCCGUCAAGUCCGCCGCGCCCACGCCCGAGCCCGCCCCCACGCCGGAGCCCCCGACGCCCGCCCCCGCCCCCGCCGUGCCCCUCGCCGCGCCAGUCGACGACGCCGACGACGGCAUGGCGCCCGACGAGGUGUGAGCCGCGCCCCGCCGCCCGCCGCCCGCCCCCGCUAACGUAUGUGCCUUACCACCGUUCCCUCCUGUUCAAUAUUACGAAGCUCAUCGCAUCGUAGUAUGCUCUCUGUGAGGGGAGGCCUAUGUUAACCGUAUACUAGGUGAUAGCUUGAGCCCCGACUUUUGUAAGAAACGAGUGCGUAAACUUUCUAAAUUAUUUUUUAAAAUAUAUAACUAUCGAAAUUCGAAUAUUCAACGCACAAGUGUAUGAAAUUGUCACGCGACCGAGCGGUGGUCCCGACGCCGGGCCCCGCCAUCGGCGAGUAGGUGUAAGCCCCGCUUUAAUAUAUUUAUGUAUAAACUAAUGUGUAAAUAUUAAGUGUAGCGCGUAUCGCCGACUAACGUGCCUUAUGACCGGUACUUACUGUGCAUUUAGAUGGACUAGCUAUACUAUAUUAUACUCGUUGACGAAUCAUAUUCACCUUAUACUAGUAUACGUAAAUAUUUCGUGACCGUUAAUACAUUUGAGAUUUUGUAACUAACGAAAUGCGCUUUUAAUAAUGCUAUUUAGACUGGUAAUUAAAUUUGUUAUUGUUGAAUUAAAAUCGUAGAACUGAUUAUAUUAUUGUGCCUUGUUUGUUAUAAUUAAUAAAAUUGUAUUAUUAACUAACGAAAAAUUUUAAAACUAAAUUCACGAAAUCGUAAAAAUGCUAUUUAAUGAAACUUGAUGUAAUGGAUAAAGAUUUAAAAUAUAUAGCAAGCUAUUUUGCUCUAAAUAUUUUUAUGCCAUAAUAGCUACGAAAUAUUAGUUUUUGUAUUAUGUCAAAUGUUAAUAACCUAGAAUUUAAUAUUUAAAUGUUAACCGACUUAUGAAGUUAUUUGCUGUGCUACAUUAUAGUGCUUGACGCUUUUAACUCUGUGCAGGCUAACGAGUGACGGUGCUUCGGCGUAUUUAUCUCGUAGCCGACCUCACUAUAUUAUUAUCCUAACAAAUAUAUUAUGUAUUUUUAUGUAAAGUCGGUAAGGUAUGCAUUCACCGUUAAACGCCGUUUUAUAGUUUUAUACGAGUGACGCUAACCGCUGGAUAUGUAUUAUGAAUUUGUUUUAUUUUUACCGCUUGUUAUUGAAGCAUUAGACUUGAAAAAUGUCGACGCCGUCGGUGCGGACGUGCGAUCGUCGCCGGCGCCGCCGCGUCACGUCACCGCAGUGACAGUACGCCGGUGUGACGUCACCCCGGCGUCCCCGGUCGCCAGUCCGCACCCCGCACGCGUCCGGUAGGCGACGAGUAUUAUUUUUUAAAUAGUAUUAAAAUCGUUUAUAUUAUAUUAAUUUUAGGAUGGCGUAAUUUAAGAUGUUCUAUACGAGACCAUGACAAGGCAAAUGUAUGUUAAGAAUGUAUAGAGGUAGCGUAUGUAAAUUAUUCGUGUGGCGAGUGUGAGCCCCGCGCUUGUCUGAGUCGUCCGCCGAUGUAUUGGGAUUUGGGACUCGUUAAAUUGUAAUCGUUUGUAUAAAGUCGACCAGUUUUGUGCCAAAUAGGUAUCUUAUGCUCAAAUAUAAUAUUUUUGUAUUCAUAUACUAGCGUAGCCGCUUCGCCGUCGGUCGGUCGGAGCUCGUCCUUCAUAGUCUAUAUUUUCUGUACAUAAGCAUGCGAACGACGUCCCUACACUACUACUAGAUAUCGAACUGUUAAUGCAACAUGACCGAGCUUCGACCGUUGGCGGCGUGCUCGAGUCGUCGCCCGUCGGUGAUAAGUGCCUUGUUGUGUAAAGUAAUACUCAGAUAAUGUUGCAAUUAUGAAAGUUGUGCAGAAUAAAUGUCUAUUUUACUAUUUUCA